AUGCCCUCGAAGAGAAGUCUUAUAGCCGAAGAGCGCCCUAAACGGGUCCGGAGAAGCCCGAGAUUAGUUUUGGACGCAGAAACUUUGAAGACUGAGCCUGAGAUCAAAAUAGAAUCGUCGUUAGACAAACCUCUUAAAGAAGUAUUCAGCGAUAAACUGGUAACGACAACAAGCUUCAAACACGAGGUGGAUGAUGCUAAAGUGAAAGUUGAAAUUGAAGCUUCGGUCAGUGGCAACACUGACACUUUCGCUUCUCCUGAGAUUGAAAGCAAAUCUAACGUAUUUCAAUGUGUUUCGCCUCUGGACAUAUUGCCUGGUCAGCCAAAAAACUGGAACUUGAUCUACAACGAAGUAGUGAAGAUGCGGGCCCUCAUCGUCACUCCAGUGGAUACCAUGGGCUGUGAACGGAUCCCAGAGACGAUUGCUCCAGGACUAAUCCGUCGCGACCCUAGGGCCUAUCGUUUUCGUCUCUUGGUUUCCCUCAUGCUUUCAUCGCAGACUAAAGAUGAAGUCACAUACGUCGCAGUGGAAAAUUUGAAUAACUUCUAUAAGACCAAAGGAUUUGACGGUCUCUGCAUUGAAGCUAUUCUCAAAUCUACAGAGGCGGAGAUUGACUUUUGCAUACAGAAGGUGGGUUUCCAUCGCCGGAAAGCCGUGUACAUUAAAAAGGCGUCUGAGCUUCUCAACGAAAAAUUCAAUGCGGAUAUUCCCAAAAAUAUAAAGGAUACCAUAAGUCUUCCAGGGGUUGGGCCUAAAAUGGGUCAUUUGCUUCUCCAAGCAGGCUGGCGAAUCAAUCUGGGAAUAGGAGUUGAUGUUCAUUUACAUCGCUUGGCCCAAAUGUGGGGCUGGGUACCCAAGUCAGACAAACCUGAAAGUACCAGACUAGCUCUUGAGGACUGGUUACCGAAAAAAUACUGGUCGGACAUAAACCCACUUUUAGUGGGAUUUGGGCAAACCGUGUGUGUUCCAAACGCCGGGAACUGUGACGUCUGUACUUUGGCUGCAGGCCUAUGUUCCAAAGCAAACAAAAAGCUCAGUAAUGCAGCUGUGACCGAAGCCCGACUAGCCAAAUUGGCUAAACAAAGAGGUGAUAUCAGCGGCCUUAUCAAGCUAAAGCACGAGUUACAAAUGUUGAAGAAAGAUUCCAAUGUAUAA